UCUACAUUAGAAGACACUGGCUGACUGGCACAAUCGACGAUCAGGGGAAAAAGCGAAUUUUUGAAUUAGCUUUCAACCUCUUUUUUCAAUCGAUAUCGAGUUCUACAUGGAAAAUCUGAGUGCAACGUCACUGUACGUUCAAGCAUGCAAGUUCCUACUAUGUGGCGAAGAUAGGUCGUCCUGGGAUCAACUCGUGGCUAUCUUGCCUCAACUCCGAAACGCUUUGACUUGUCGUGUUUGUCGAGGGUUGAUUGUGGAUCCACUUAGCUCUGGUUAUUGUCAACAUUAUGUUUGUAGGAAUUGUUUACAGAGAAAACGGGCAUUAAAUCCUGGUUGUAAAUGGUGUUUAGACUUUAGUAAACUUAAUCGAAGUGACGAACAAAUUCGAGUUGUUCUCGCUUGUUAUAAACUGCUUUGCAAAGAGAUUAGAUUAUCGAAUUACUAUGUAACCAGCACCAAGAACUUAGUCAUAGAAAAUCUCUUAGAAGAAGCUGAACUAAACGCGGAUGUGUUACCAAAUUCAAGUCGCGUGGUUUCAAACAACUACAAUGUAAAAUCAAAAACUUCGGAUGAAAAUAUGGCGGUCGAUGUUGUAUCACGUGAACAGUUGGAAGAAACGUGUGCGCGGGAAAAAGUAGACGUAAAACUCGCAGAAAAUGAUGACGAGAAGGUAAACCUGGACACAGAAGAAAUCCCUGAAAUAGCAAUAAAUGGCAUUGCUGAAGAUGAAAGUUCUGUUAAACAACAUGAAACUAGUGUGACAUCUGCACAAGAAAUAAAUACUCCAUUAGUGACUGACACAUGUGAAAUUGGAACUGAUAUAAAUAGUAAUAUUGAUUGCAGCAUUAUGGCCAAUACCAAUGGAAUUUCUGAAGGAAACCCACAGCUACCGAAUGGAGUCAAAAUAGAAGCUAACGACUUUGAUACCUGCAAUUGUUCUAAUAGUACUAGUACUGUAUUAGAUACUGGUGAUCAACUGCAAGAUGUUGCAAUAAAAAUUGAAACUGACAAUAUAAAAACUGAAAAUAUGGAUUGUGGUGAAUUAAAUAAUGGCAACAAUGAGGAAAUAGACUCAAAUACAAAUAACAACCCAAGAGAGAUAAAUAACACCGAGACUAAAACUAAUAUGAUGCGUAAGAUGAAGAUAAAGAACAAGAGAGUUGGUUUAAGACCAAGAAAUGGGCAGUCAGUUCAGAAAUUUGAAGCAGGAAGAUAUAUGAGAAAAAGAAAAUUAGCAGCUCAAACCCAUCAAAACAAUAGGCCACGUAAAAAAUGUAAAAUAGGUUUGACAACAUAAAAUCAAAAGUACUUCAGCUUUCAUUCCAUUUUACUAUAUUUAUUAAAGUGCUUGACACAACAAUCACUGCAGCUAUUACUCACACACAGUGGCGUAGCCAGCCUGACGAUUUAGUCAUGCUUUGCAAAUUUUAUGUUAUUAUCAUUAUUCAUUU